GGCGGGAUGGCGGCGGCGGGGCGGCCCGUGCCCACGUGCCUGCUGCUGGGAGCCGCGGGUGGUGGCAAGACCCUGCUGGCCAGGCGGCUGCGUCAGCUGAGCGCCGAGGCGGGGCCUGCGGAGCUGGGCGAGCCCCCGGCCACGCUGCCCACGGUGGGCACCAAUCUGACCGACCUGCGGCUGCCGCGGAAGGUGACGGUGCGGGAGCUGGGCGGCUGCAUGGGCCCCAUCUGGCCCAGCUACUACGAUGAGUGCAGCGCUCUCAUGUUCGUGAUCGACGCCGCCAGCCCCACCCAGGUCUCCUCAUCCUGCGUCCAGCUGCUGUCCGUGCUCUCCGCAGCGCCGCUCGCCUCCGUGCCAGUGCUGGUCCUCUUCAACAAGAUUGACCUGCCCUGCUACAUGUCUCUGGCAGAGAUGAAGUCGCUGUUCCGCAUGCAGGACGUCGUCUCCUGUGCCACACAGCCCAUCACACUGCUGGAGACCAGCGCCCGCACCGGCACCGGCCUGGCCGACGUCCUGCAGUGGCUGCAGGCUGUCCUCGGAGACCAGCGCUCACCCUGACCCAAGUCCUGUCACCAAAGAAGGUGGCUGGCAAGCGGCUGCCCUGAGCAGGGCCCAGGACAUCAACAUGGGCUGGUGGAGGGUAGGAGCCCUGUGGGACUUUACAGUAAAAUUUCCACCAUGCUACCCA